AAAGAGGGAAACAGAGGGAGUGGGCCCAUCAAUGGCAUCAAUCUGCACUUAUAAAAUCCCUCUCAAUCUCUCCAGAACAUUGCGAUUACAGAAAGGACAACAAAAUCUCUCUUCUUCGUAACCAAAAGGGUUUUUCUUGUUUGUUGUUUGUUUCAUCAGUUUGGGUACCAACUGUUUGUUGAAUUGUCACAAAAAGAGUGGAUUUGGUCCAAUUUUUGAUCAGGGGUCCUCGCUCAAUCCUUUUUUCAUCCCCAAAAACUUUUAUGGAGAUUUCGCAAUUCAGAGGAUUUGCAGAAUUGUCAGGAAUUGAGGACCCCUGUUUCACUUCCCAGUGGCCAUUCAACUCCUUUGAUGAUCAACUCACUUCCAUGGCCACGGAUGCAGCUGCAUUUGGAGAAAACACCCAUUAUCUCUAUGCUCAUGCGCCUGUGUUUGACCAUCAUAAACCUGUUAUGGAACCAUCUCCAAGACCAACUAAACAGCUCAAAACCAGCAGUUGGAAUUCAUGCAUCAGCUCUGAUCAAUCCAUCAUGAAUCAGAACCUACAUUAUGUGAAGCCCAAAGAGGAAGGCACUGUAUCUUCCAAGACCACAAUUGGCUUCAAUUGUGACACCUUCCCAUCAUCCCAUCUUCAGUUUAACAACCAAAACCACCAUGGCGGCGGUGGUGGCGGCAGCGGUGGUGGUGCAAAAAUGAUAGCCACCAGCACUACCCCUAGAGUCACUACACCUCAAGACCAUAUCUUGGCUGAAAGAAAGAGAAGAGAGAAACUCAGCCAGAGGUUCAUAGCCCUCUCGGCUCUAGUCCCUGGCCUUAAAAAGAUGGAUAAGGCCUCUGUUCUUGGAGAUGCAAUCAAGUACUUGAAAAACCUCCAAGAAAAAGUGAAGACACUUGAGGAACAGACCAAGAAGAGAUCAAACGUAGAGUCGGUGGUUUUUGUGAAAAGAUAUGAGGUGUUAGCUGAUGGUGGUGAAAUCUCUUCAUCGGAUGAGAACUUUUCCGGCAGACCAGUUCAUGAGCAACUACCGGAAGUGGAGGCAAGAUUUUCCGGCAAGGAUGUCCUAAUCAGAAUUCACUGUGAGAAAAAGGCAGGUGUUGUGGAAGAAACACUGGCUGAAAUUGAAAAACUCCACCUAUCCAUCAUCAAUAGCACCACCAUGACCUUUGCUAGUUAUGCACUCGAUAUAACCGUUAUCGCCCAGAUGGAUCAAGAAUCCACCAUGAAAAUGAAGGAUCUUGUCAAGAAUCUACGUGCCGCCCUCAAACGGUUUAUGUGACACUUCUGUUUGUUCUUCAACCUUUUUUCGCCAAAAAUGCUGUAUUCUGGUAACCAAGGCCUGGUGUUCACCACACUUUUAACCAUCCACAUGCCUUAGAAACUUGUUUGCUUUGGGGGUUCAUUUUGCAGGAGGGUUUUUUCCAAUCUUUUUUCAUGGUUGACUUGUUGACCAUGUUAACUACCCUCCUAUGGUAAAGUAGCAGCCUUCCAUGGCUUUUGUGAGGCAUUUUUUCUGUUAACUUUUUCCCUUUUCCCAUUGACUUGAAAUGGGGUUUUUGAAGGUGGAUGAACAACCAGAACUUUGUAUCAGUCACUGUGUGUUUGGUGAUCAAUGUUUUAGAGGCCUCUUUCUGGGCUCUUUUCUUAUGUUGUAUGUUUGUAAAAGCUUUGAUUUAUGGUAAUGAAUAACAUUUUGAUCAUAAUUUCUUUUUGAA